AAAGCAUGAACUCAGCACAUACGUGGGACUCAACCGAGCUAACUCGGAACUCAUAAACUCAGUUUAUUUUUCUCCCAACUUCUAUUCUAUUCAUCUACUACCGCUGAAACAGGCAGCCAUUGCCAAACCCAAAGAAAGGCGCCUCCUUUUUGCAUCCUCCUUCAGUACAAGAAAAAAUUUGGGAAGAAAUAUACAGAUUUUUUUUUAUGGGUAAAGGAGAAAAAACAGGGCUAGGAAGAGCCCUAGUUAAGCACCAUAAUCAUGUUGUUCAACAAACCAAAGAAAAAGGUCGCUUUUACAAAACCCAUAACAAGAAAGCCCUAAUCUCUGUUACUGAUGUUUCCGACAUUGAUGCUGUUCUUGAACAAGCUGAUGAAGCUGACCGUGUCUUCACCGCUGACAACCCUGUUCCUCAAUUACUCGUUGAUUCGGACUCUAGUUCAAGCAUCACUGCCUUGACACCUGAUCAAAUGAGGAAGCAACAGAAGAAAGAGGAGGAACUGCAUGCUGGCAGCCUUCGUGUCCCUCGAAGGCCGCCAUGGACUGCUGAGAUGACAGUAGAUGAGCUUGAUAUCAAUGAAAAGCAAGCCUUUUUAACAUGGCGUAGAGGCCUUGCCAAACUUGAGGAGAAUGAGAAGCUUGUCCUUACUCCAUUUGAGAAGAAUUUGGAUAUAUGGAGGCAGCUUUGGCGAGUGGUUGAACGUAGUGAUCUGAUUGUUAUGGUCGUCGAUGCUAGAAACCCUCUGUUUUACCGUUGUCCCGAUCUUGAGGCAUAUGUGCAGGAGGUUGAUGAGCACAAAAGAACAAUGCUGCUUAUCAACAAGGCUGACCUUUUACCAUAUUCUAUCAGGCUAAAAUGGGCAAAAUACUUCCAUGAUCAUGGAAUACUCUUUGUAUUUUGGUCAGCUAAAGCUGCUUCUGCAGCUCUUGAAGGGAAGAUGCUUAGCAUUCCAAAGCAUAUGCAAGAAGAUACAUUGCAAGAAUCAGAAGAUGUUGAUACAAAGAUCUAUGGCAGGGAUGAACUGUUGGCCCGCUUACAGUUUGAGGCAGAGGAGAUUAUGAGAUUGAGGAAAUCAAGCCCUGAAGCUGCAAGUUCCUCUCAUUUUCACUCCUCAGUUGGAAAUGCCGGAGUGAGUUCAGCAUCAAUUGGCGUGACUGUGGGAUUUGUUGGCUACCCUAAUGUAGGAAAGAGUUCAACCAUCAAUGCUUUGGUAGGAGCAAAGCGUGCAGGUGUCACCAAUACUCCAGGGAAGACAAAACAUUUCCAGACUUUGAUAAUAUCUGACAAGCUUACUUUAUGUGAUUGCCCUGGACUUGUUUUCCCGUCCUUUACAAGCUCGCGAUAUGAGAUGAUUGCUUGUGGGGUUUUACCUAUAGAUCGAAUGACUGCACACCGAGAUGCGGUACAGGUGGUUGCAGAUAAAGUCCCAAGACAUGUAAUUGAAGAAGUUUAUAAGAUCACUUUGCCGAAACCCAAGCCUUAUGAGCCUCAGUCUCGCCCUCCAUUAGCAGCAGAGCUUUUAAGAGCUUACUGUGCUUCUCGGGGGUAUACAUCUUCAAGUGGGCUGCCCGAUGAAACUCGGGCUUCUCGUCAAAUGUUGAAGGACUAUAUUGAUGGAAAGCUUAUGCACUAUGAGCUACCUCCUGGGGUGUCAGACGAGAACAGAGAGAAACAUAUAGCUGCUACUGCUUCGAGCUUGUCAGACAUCGAAGAAUCUGAAUCCUCUGAUGCAGAAGAUUCAUCUGUUGAAUUUGAAAAUGGACCGAAUCUUCAAGAUGUAAUGGAUGAUCUUCAAUCCUUUGAUCUUGCAAACGGCCUAGCCACAGAUAAAGCUAAUGGAAAGAAAAAGCCUCCAAAAGCACCACACAAGCUCCAUAAAAAGCCACAGAGAAAAAAGGAUCGAUCUUGGAGGGUUACAAAUGAUGGUGGUGAUGGGAUGCCAUUGGCAAGGGCCUUCCAGAAGCCGGUGAAUACUGGCCCGCAUAAUCCUUAAUGUGAGGUAACUUUGAAUGCCACGAAUAUAGUACAAGAUCACUCUGGUUUUGAACUGCUUGUACUAAGUGCUUGCUACAUCAGUCUCUUAACGGGACAGAAAUGGACUUGUCGAGUUGUCGUGAUGGGAUUGCUCAGGGUAAUAGUUUACUGCGACAGUCUAAAAUGGUGACACAGAUUGCCGUGGAAGUGUAUGGUCUGUACGUAGUGUCAGCCUCGGAUAACAGUGGUUAUAUUUUGUAGUUUUGACUCCCUUUCACACCUUAGAAACGAUAUAGUAUUUCCUGGUUGCUUAUUGCUCUUUAAAAUUUGAUUGUUCAUGAUUUAUUUAUGAUUUAGCUGCAAUCUUGAAAGCCAAAAGUAGAAGUUUCAUGCA